AACAAAAACAAACCUAAACAAAUAAGUCCCUGCAAAAAACUACUGUGAAAAUUUUUCGAAAUCAAAAGUGUUUGAAAAUACAAUCAAAACCCAAAAAUAAAAAAAAUAUAUAUUUAAUUCAAGAAAGUGAAAAAAGUCAUUUGCAGUGAAAUUCAAGCACAUGUUACUGUUCACGUAAAAAAAUCAACAAAUUUACGCAAACAAAUAUUUGUCUAAAAAUACCUCCCAUAAAGUGAAUAUGUGUGUGUUGUUGGGUUAGUGCCGCCAAGUUGGAAGAUUCUGUUUUGUAAAUGAAAACGUUUAGGCUGGGAAAAUUGACUCACAAAAAUGUUAACUCAUGAUUUUUGAAACAAAGAGCAUAUUGAACAACAGCAGAAAGAACAAAACAAAGUUAACCAAAAAUCGUCCAUUCGACUAGCAGCAGUGGAAACCAAAAACAAACGGUGUAAAUUCAAUAAAGUCUAACAGAGGCCCAUAGAUGAUGGCAACGGCGACGACGACAACGCCAACGAUGAUGAUGAUAAUGUCCUCCAAAGCGCAUAUGGAAACAGAAAAUACUGAUAAAUUCGCAACAACAAUAACAACUUUUAGUGAAAUUCCAAAUCAGGAAGUUUCAAUGGCUCGUCAGGCUGCACAACAAACAACACACAUGACCUUAAAAGAGGAUUUUGAAAGCAUAUCUGAGCCAGCACCAACAUCAGUAGUAGCAACACCGACAAAACCAAAAACGACAAAAAGAAUCAACAAUAAGCAAAACAAGUUGCAGCUACAAAACACUAAACAGCAACAGUACCCGAACCAGCAUCAACAUCAAAAAACCGAAAAUUGCUCAAACGACAAAAGCAACAACGAGAACAACAACAACACUAGUGUAUGUUUAACGUUAGAAGAGCAACAGCCAAAUAUUAGCACUACUGACCCAGCUGGCACUCAAGCUAAUACAACUAUGGCAGCUCUACAACUACCUACAAUAGAAGCGGCGGUAGCAACAUCCACAGAAACAACAACUACACCAACAGCAACAACAUCAGCAAUAAUACAAACGACAAAAGCAUCAGUAAAGGAUGUGGAAAAUUCGCUGAAUAAAACACAAUGGUACAAUGUUUGCUUUAGUUCAAAAGGCAGCCCAAAGCAAAAAUGUGCAGCACAUCAGGCAGAACAACAAAAACUGCAACAAAAUGAACAACAGGAAGAGGAACGGCAGCAGCAACAUUCACAUGUUAUUCGUGCACAUACACAGGCCCAUAAAUGCAAAAGUGCGAACAUUAGUCGCUGCACCAGCAGCAUUCACAGCACAGUGCCCCAAAUAAACAACAACACCGCCAACAUAACCACGACAUCUACCAACACCACCACCGCCGCCACUACCACCAGCAACAGCAGCAUUAUCAUCAUCACAGAUAUCAACAGCAACAACAACAACAAUAGCAAAUGCAACACAAACAUCAUCAUCAAUCCAACUACAAAACCAGCAACUAUCACAGCCUCCACCAACACAACAGCAGAUUGCAUCAAAGCUCUGCUUCUUCUUCAUCAUCAUCCUCAUCUUCGCUUUCCGUUGCGACGACGACUACUACGACUCAACCAUGUCAUGCAAAUGGAAUCUAUGCUGCGUGCCCUGAUGUUUGGCUUUGUGUUCAUCAUGUCGCUGCAAUAUCCAAAUGUUGUCAGCGCCACAAGUAUGAUGCCCAAACAUGAACCCAUGUUUAUAUCCCGCUCUGAAACAUUUAAAUUUGUUGCUGGUGAUACCAUUGUCUUGCCCUGUGAAGUUGCCAAUACUGAUCCCUAUGUUGUCGCCUGGAAACGUGGCAUUGCGAUAUUAACAGCUGGCUCUGUUAAAGUUACCCCAGAUCCUCGGGUACGUUUGGUGAAUGGUUUUAAUUUGCAAAUACGUGAUGCUGUGCCACAGGAUGCGGGUGAUUAUAUUUGUCAAAUAGCAACAAUGGAACCACGUGAAAUUACUCACACUGUUGAAAUAUUGGUACCACCAAGGAUUCAUCAUAUGAGCAGCAGCGGUCAUUUGCAAGUUAAAAAAGGCUCUUCGGUUCGUAUUGAAUGUUCUGCCUCGGGCAAUCCUACACCAAACGUUACAUGGAGUCGUAAAAAUAAUAUUUUGCCCAAUGGCGAGGAGAAACUCCAUUCGCAUAUAUUGUCAAUUGAAAAUGUGGACCGCCACAAGGGUGGAGUUUACAUUUGUACGGCCAAUAAUGGUGUGGGUCAACCGGCCUCCAGUCAAGUGAUUUUACAUGUUUUAUAUCCUCCUGAAAUCAAUGUGGAGCGCCCGGUGGUUUUCUCUGGGGAAGGCCACGAGGCAAUGCUGGUGUGCAUUGUUCAUGGAGAAACACAACCUGAGGUCAUUUGGUUUAAGGACACCAUGCAAUUGGAUACCACCGAGCGUCAUAUUAUGGAGAAUCGUGGCUCACGUCAUACGCUGAUUAUACGUAAAGUGCAUCCACAAGAUUUUGGUAAUUAUUCGUGUGUUGCUGAAAAUCAACUUGGCAAGUCACGUAAAACUUUACAGCUGAGCGGUAAACCGAAUGUGGCUGUUUUCAAUUCGCCACCAAUCAGUCAGUAUAAGGACCGAUACAACAUUUCUUGGACAGUGGAAUCUCAUGCACCCAUUGAAGAGUACAAAUUAUCCUUCCGAAGGUUGCAGCAAGGACAAGAGGUCGAUAACUCCAUUGAUUCGCAUGGCUCCUCGUCAUCGUCCUCUCUAUCGUCAUCGUCCUCGUUACAAAUGUACGGUGGCGGCAGCAUACACAAUUACCGAUUGGGUGGCAUUAGCGGCAGCAGUAGUUUGGGCAGCAUGGGCAGCGGCAUGGGCAUUGGCGGUGGUUAUGGCAGCUAUGGUGCUGGAAAUGUUAUACACUGGGGUCGCAAUGAUUGGCGUGACGUAGUCCUGCCCGCCAUACCCAUCUCGCAUCACUACACCCAAGGGAUGAGCUAUAUGAUACGCGGUUUAGAUCCAGAUCAACAUUACGAAGCUACAGUUCAAGCGAGAAAUCGUUAUGGUUGGAGUGACUACUCGCAAAGUUUUGUAUUCUCAACGUCAUCAAAUGAUAAUGAAAUGCGCGAUUUGAGUGUAACUUUCUAUGGCAGUGCAUCCUCUCGUAAAAUGAUUGAUGACAUCUGUUUAAUUCCAGUCAUAUUACUUGUGGCAUAUGUGCGGUUUUUGGCCAACUAAAUUCCGCCAAUUACAAAAUUUGAAUAUAAAUGCUUACAUAAAAGAAAUAAAAAACAAAUUCAUAUAUAGAAUAGCAUUUGCAUUUUUUACAUUCACUCGUAUUCACACAUAUUUUUUCCGUUUUUCAUACAUUUUGAUAUGCAUUCAUUCAUAUAUAUAUUUAUUAGACAAAAUUGGAAAAACAGAAAAGACAGCAACAAAACUCAAAUCAUUUUACAAUCAUUAUAACCCCCUCAGAAAAAAUGAUAACAGAAAAAUACAAAUAAAAUUUCAUAUUCAUGUUAAGUAUAAUAUUUGAAGAAAGAAAAAAAAACAACAACCCAACAAACAUCAUGAACCAUACAUAACUGAAUAAUAUACAAAUACUAAAAAAAAAAUUAAAUCUCCAAACAAAAAAAAAAAAAAAACAUACAAAAAUAUAUAAAAUGUCUAUAUAAAAUUAAAUAAAUAUAAAAAUACAUAAAAAAACGUGUAUUCAUAUAUAAGGUGUGUCAAAGUGGAAAGAUGAAAGUGCAAUGCAUUCCAUAUAAAAUACUUUUAAAAGAAUUUAGAUAUUUUAUAGAAAAAAAAAUUUUGUCGGUCUUCUCCAAAUGCAGGUUUAUUAUCAUUUUAUUCAUUCAAAACUAAUGUCAUCAAAAUUAUUUUGGGAAAUAUAAAUUAAAUUUAAUACAAAAUAUUUCCUUUUUUACAAGAUUUGAACUUCUAUGUGCCCUUAGUAAUAAGGCUUUAUAUUGAAAUAACGAUUUUAGACCCUAGGUUUCCAAAUCCAAAUCCAAAUCAGGAUAUUGGGAGUCGAUCUAGUGGUGGCUCUCCGACCAUCUGUCUGGCUGGUGCCCACGACAACUCUCAAAGUGAGUAUCCGAUUUGGUUCAAACUUGUUGCAUCGUAAUACAGGGUGAGAUAAAAACAACUGCAACAAAGUCAAAUUCCCUAGUUCUACAUAUUUUUUUACCUUUUAUUGAAUGAAAACAAAAAAUGUCGGACAUUGCAUAACAUUUUAGAAUAAAUUUAAAUUUGUUCGAAUUGGUCACCUUUGGCACGAAUUAUGGUCUUCAAACUUCAAAUGAAACAGUCACACGCUGCCCGAAUGUUGCUCUGCGGAAUUUUGGCAUGUUCCCGGCGAUGCGCUUGCUUGAGGUGAUCGACGCUUUGGCAUUUUUUAGUGCCAACCUUGCUUUCCAAAAUACUCCACUCACAAUAGUCCCAGGGAUUGGUAUCCGGAGAUUUUGGUGGCCAUUGUGCGCUGGAAAUGAAGCGAGGAACCUCAUUUUGUAACCAAUCUUGGGUGGGGCGUGCUGAGUGCGAUGGUGCUGAGUCCUAUUGACAUGUCCAAGGCUUAAAUACACCCUCCAGAAUAUUUUCACGAUAAUAUUCGGCAUUUAUUCUGAUGCCACGGCCAAGCGAAGCAACUCUUUUGCUGUUUUGGGUCUAUUUUACGGUGUAUGUUCUUGCACUUUUUGAAAUUUCAAUGGCUCCCAGAGCUCAUUUUUCAAUAUUUGCCGAGUGGAAUAUUGCGUUAUGAUCAGCUCACGAUAGCGAUAUGUUUCGGCCACUGCGGCGCGGGUUUCCAUCACGUCGCUUCUUUACUUUUCGAACCAUUUCUGCUGAUGUUGCUGUUUUCUUCCGUCCACUUCCUUGACGUCGGGCUACGCUACCAGUAUCCCGGUAAAGACCGAUGGUACGAGAGACAAAAGAUUUGUUCACAUUUAUUUAUCACAUCUAACGAUGUGGUUUUCCAACCAAAUAUAAAGAAAUCACACUAUCACUCUUGAAUUCCAUAACUUUUUCCGAAAAUUCUCACCAAAAUGCUUUUGUAUACUUGAAAACAAUAUAAUGAGCUGUCACUGGAAUAAUUUUAACAGCUGUCGGACGAGUGGUUUAGAAAUGACAGCAGUCUGAAUUGAGUUGCAGUUUUUUCAUCUCACCCUGUAUUAUAAUUAUUAAACUUACAUCGAUAUCGGCAAUAACGUUGCACUCCCUCUCCAAAGGGCAAACUUUUCAAAGAAGUUAAUUUAUGGUAUAGAUAUUUAAAGGCUUUGAAAGUCCCAAUAUUUUUGUCCGUACUAUGUUAGGUGUGAAAGUGGACUAUAUAGGCCGAUUCCACCCAGUACCUUCCCAACAAAGGGUCUAAUUUUGAAUAAUAAUAAAUCUCAUAAAAUGUAAAAUAAUUAUCUGAUUUUCUUCAAAUUUCACACAUCCCAAUAUUAUUGUGAGCACAAGAUCUGGUGUUAAGAUGGGAUAUGUCGGACCACUCCUUCUGGUAAAAACGUUGAAUGAAAUUUAUAAAACUCGAAAUGGCAAUUUGAUCCCUUUUGAGCGCUUUACAUCCCAAUAUU